AGCAUCAGCAGAACCAGUCCAGCACGGAGCCUCGCCUGGCCGACCCGCCGCGCCGUGCACUCUUCUCGGGGACUGCACAACAUUCCUGUGAAAUAUAACUGCUUUUAAUGGCAUGUGGCUUGUAACUUUACUUCUGCUGUAUUCUUUGCAAGAAGUCAACAGUGAGGAUGUUGUCUCUACACGGCUGUACUUUGUGAACGCCUCCCUGCAGCGGGUGACCUUCUCCAGCUCGGUGGGGGUGUCCCUGCCCUGCCCUGCGGGCGGCGCCCCCCAUGCCGUCCUGCGCUGGUACCUGGCCGCCGGAGACGACAUUUACGAUGUGCCACAUAUCCGCCACGUGCAUGCCAACGGCACCCUCCAGCUCUACUCCUUCUCUCCCUCCGCCUAUAACAGCAUUAUCCAUGACAACGAGUACUUCUGCACUGCUGAGAACCAGGCAGGAAAGAUCCGAAGUCCCAGCAUCCACAUCAAAGCAGUGUUCAGGGAGCCCUACACAGUCCGUGUGGCCGACCAGCGCUCCAUGCGGGGUAAUGUUGCUGUGUUCAAGUGCCUCAUCCCCUCAGCCGUCCAGGAGUACGUCAGUGUGGUGUCUUGGGAGAAAGAUACUGUCUCCAUCAUCCCAGGCAAUCGUUUCUUCCUGACCUCAUUUGGCGCUAUGUAUAUCUCAGAGGUGCAGAAGGAAGAUGCUCUGUCCACCUACCGCUGCAUCACAAAGCACAAGUACAGUGGAGAGACUCGCCAGAGCAAUGGAGCCAGGCUCUCUGUUAUGGACCCUACGGAGUCCACCCCGUCAGUUAUGGACACUUUCCAGUCCGGUGAGGUGCAGGUGGGAAACAUUGUGGAACUGCCCUGCGUCGCAUCGGGAUACCCCAACCCCACCAUCCGAUGGCUCAAGGAUGGUCGGCCACUGCCCGCAGACUCCCGCUGGACACGGCGCAUCACGGGCCUCACCAUUUCAGACCUGAGGCUCGAGGACAGUGGCAACUACAUCUGUGAGGUCACCAACAGCUUUGGCUCCAAAGAGGUGACGGGUCAUCUCAAUGUCAUAGAGCCACUGAGGGUCACCUUGUCUCCCAAGAAUCUGAAGACAGGGAUCAGCAGCACAGUCAUCCUCUCCUGCGCCGUCCAGGGUUCCCCCCACUUCAUUGUGUCCUGGUACCGGAACACAGAACCCGUCAUACCCGAUCAGCACUUUUCCAUCCAGGGAGCUCACAAUGAGACAUUGUUCAUUUCCGCUGCACAAAAGAGACACUCGGGAGCUUACCAGUGCUUUGCUACCCGCAAAACUCAGACUGCCCAGGACUUCUCCAUCAUACUGCUGGAAGAUGGCACACCCCGUAUUGUUGCCUCCUUCAGCGAGAGGGUGGUGGUCCCGGGUGAACCGUUCUCCUUGAUGUGCGCCGCCAAGGGAGCACCUCCUCCGACCAUCACCUGGACCCUGGACGACGAGCCUGUGGCCCGAGACCUGUCGCGCGUCAGGGCCAGCCAGUACACGCUCUCAGACGGCAGCACGGUCAGCCACGUCAACGUCAGCAGCCCGCAGAUUCGCGAUGGAGGAGUGUAUCGGUGCGCCGCACGAAACUCGGCCGGUAGCGCCGAGUACCAAGCGCGCAUAAACGUAAGAGGUCCCCCAAGGAUAAGGCCCAUGAAGAACAUCACGGCAGUGGCAGGAAGAAACUCUUUUAUAAAUUGCCGGGUGAUCGGGUAUCCUUACUACUCAAUCAACUGGUACAAGGAGGGACUUCUGCUGCCUGAUAACCAUCGACAGGUGGUGUACGAGAACGGGACCUUGAAGCUCAGUGAUGUUCAGAAGGGGAUGGACGAGGGGGCCUACGUCUGCAGCGUGCUCAUCCAGCCGCAGCUGUUCAUCACGCAGACUGUCUAUAUCACUGUCAAAGUUCCUCCACUCAUCCAGCCAUUUGACUUUCCUCCGACUUCCAUCGGUAAAUUGAUGUACAUCGCCUGCGUGGUGUCGUCUGGAGACAUGCCCAUUCGCAUCACGUGGCGCAAGGACGGGCAGGAGAUCGUAGCCUCCUCGGGCAUCACCAUCGACACCAAGGAGUUCAUGAGCUCCCUCCAGAUCUCCAAGGUGUCGCUCAAGCACAACGGCAACUACACCUGCAUCGCCAGCAAUGACGCUGCCACUGUCAGCACAGAGAGGCAGCUCACAGUCACUGUGCCUCCUCGAUUUGUGGUGCAGCCCAACAACCAGGACGGGAUCUAUGGGAAGGCAGGGAUCCUGAACUGCUCUGUUGAUGGAUACCCUCCUCCCAAGGUCAUGUGGAAGCACGCCAAAGGAACCGUCGCAGGGAUCGGGAACCCGCAGCAGUACCACCCUGUGCCUCUGACGGGCCGCAUCCAGAUCAUGACUAACGGCUCGCUCCUCAUCAGACACGUCCUGGAAGAGGAUCGCGGCUUCUACCUGUGUCAGGCCUCCAACGGGGUGGGCUCGGACAUCAGCAAGAGCAUGGUUCUCACCGUUAAAAUCCCGGCGAUGAUCACCAGUCACCCCAACACCACCAUGGCAAAGAAGGGUCAUGUGAAGGAGCUGAACUGCACCGCCAGGGGAGAGUGGCCCAUCAUCAUCCGCUGGGAGAGAGGCGACACUGUCAUUGACCCUGACCGCAACCCCCGGUACUCCAUUACCACCAGUCCCAACGAGAAGACCGACGAGGUGUUGUCUACACUCAGGCUAAAGCCAGCCGAGCGUGAGGAUUCAGUCUUCUUCUCCUGUCACGCCAUCAACUCUUACGGAGAAGGACGAGGCCUUAUCCAGCUCACCGUGCAAGAGCCCCCAGACCCUCCAGAGCUGGAGGUGCGAGAAGUGAAGGAUCGCAGUAUGAACCUCAGGUGGACACAGAGAUUUGAUGGGAACAGCAUCAUUACUUCCUAUGAUAUUGAGUAUAAGAACAAGACGGAUACCUGGGAGCUGAAGCACGCCACUCGAAACAUCUCCCCCUCCAACAAUCAGGCCAACAUCGUGGACCUUCACCCCGCCUCCGUCUACAGCAUCCGCAUGUACUCCUACAACGCCAUCGGAAAGAGCGAGGCCAGUAAGGAGCUCACCAUCAGCACAGAGGAAGCGCAGCCGGACGGUCCUCCAAUGGAAGUGAUCCUGCAGCCUGUGACCUCUCAGAGUAUCAGAGUCACCUGGAAGGCUCCCAGGAAAGAGCUGCAGAACGGCGUGAUCCGUGGUUACCAGAUCGGUUACAGAGAGAACGGCCCCGGCAGUAACGGCCAGUACAGCAUCGUGGAGAUGAAGGCCACCGGAGACAGUGAGGUCUACACACUGGACAAUCUGAAGAAGUUUGCUCAGUAUGGCGUCGUCGUCCAGGCCUUCAACAGAGCCGGCACAGGGCCCUCGAGCUCCGAGAUCAAUGCCACCACAUUGGAAGAUGUGCCCAGCCAGCCGCCUCAGAACGUGAGGGCCAUUUCCGUAACAUCAGACGAGGCAGUGAUCACAUGGGCGGAGCCGCCCAGACUGACGCUGCACGGUGUACUGAAGGGAUACCGCGUCGUGUUCUGGGCUGUUUUCCCGGAUGGAGGUGUGUCUGGUCAUCUCACCUAUGACACCAUGACUGGUAACUGGCUGGUGACCUUGAUCUCAACAUCCCUCUUUCUUUUUUGUCUGGCAGAGUGGGGCGAAAUGCAAAACAUCACAACCACCAGGGAGCAGGUGGAGCUCAGGGGCCUGGAGAAGUUCACUAACUACAGCAUCCAGGUGCUGGCCUACACCCAGGCUGGGGACGGAGUCCGGAGCAACGUCCUGUACAUCCAAACCCGUGAAGACUACCCUGGACCCCCAGCUGGCAUCAAAGCUGUGCCCUCCUCCUCCAGCAGUGUGGUGGUGUCCUGGUUACCCCCUCACAAGCCCAAUGGAAUCAUCCGCAAGUACACCAUCUACUGCUCCAGCCCCGGGUCAGGCCAACCGCUGCCCAGUGAGUAUGAAGCCAAUCCCGAGCUGCUGCUCUACAGAAUCACCCACCUCAACCAUCGGCAGCAGUACCUGAUCUGGGCCGCAGCCGUCACCACGGCAGGCCGGGGAAACUUCAGUGAGAAGGUCACAGUGGAGCCAGCGGCCAAGGCCCCGGCUAAGAUCCUGUCAUUCGGGGGAACCGUGACCACUCCUUGGAUGAAAGAGGUGCGGCUGCCCUGCAGCUCAGUGGGAGAACCAACACCAACCAUAAAAUGGACCAAAGACAGUGAGGACACAGCCAUCCCAGUGUCUCUAGAUGGACAGCGUCUCAUUAUGGCCAAUGGGACACUAGUGCUGCGCUCUGUCAAAGCUGAAGAUUCGGGUUACUACACCGGCACGGCCACUAACACGCUGGGCUUUGACACUAUUAUAGUCAACCUUUUGGUUCAAGUCCCUCCAGACCAGCCUCGUCUUACCGUCUCCACCACCUCCACCUCCUCCAUCACUCUGGCCUGGAUACCAGGAGACAACGGAGGCAGCUCUAUCAGAGGUUUCGUGCUGCAGUACUCUAUAGACAACACAGAGGAGUGGAAAGAUGUGUUCAUCAGCUCCAGUGAGCGCUCCUUCAAACUGGACAACCUGCGCUGUGGCACCUGGUACAAGGUGAAGCUGGCGGCCAAGAACAGUGUCGGAGCCGGACGCAUCAGUGAGAUCAUCGAGGCAAAGACUCACGGACGAGAACCCCAGUUCAACAAGGAUCAGCCGGUGUUCACCCACAUCAACUCCAGCCACGCCCGCCUCAACCUGCAGGGCUGGGCCAGUGGAGGCUGUCCAAUCAGCGCUGUCACACUGGAGUUCAGACCCAAAGGAACGUGGUCAUGGCAGAAUGUGCGCACCAAUGCCACCAUAGACGUGUUCCUGGCCGAGCUGCGUGAGGCCACCUGGUACGAGUUGAAGAUGAAAGCGUGUAACAGCGCCGGCUGCGGCAACCAGAGCUCCCAGUUUGCGACACUGGACUAUGAUGGCAGCACAAUCCCACCCAUCAAAUCCCCCCUGGAAAAGAACGACGAUGUCAAGAAGCUGUUUUCUAUUGGCUGCCCUGUAAUCCUGGUCACUGUGGGUGUUGCGCUACUCUUCAUCAUUCGCAGGAAACGCAAGGAAAAGCGUCUGAAGAGACUAAGAGAUGCCAAAAGCCUGGCUGAGAUGCUGAUCAGUAAGAACAACCGCAGCUUUGACACCCCAGUGAAGGGCCCCCCCCAGGGCCCACGGUUGCACAUAGACAUCCCCAGAGUGCAGCUGCUGAUUGAGGACAAAGAAGGCCUCAAGCAGAUCGGUGAGGACAAGGCCACGCUCCCUGUGACAGACACAGAGUUCAACCAAACGAACCCUCAGAGCUUCUGCACAGGCGUGUCCGUCCAUCACCCCGCCCUCAUCCAGAACACCGGCCCUUUGAUUGACAUGUCAGACAUCAGACCAGGAACCAACCCGGUGUCAAGGAAGAGUGUCAAGUCGGCCCACAGCAUCAGGAACCGCUACUCCAGUCAGUGGACUCUGACCAAGUGCCAGUCCUCCACGCCCGCCCGCACUCUCACCUCAGACUGGCGCACAGUUGGCUCCCAGCAUGGCAUCACUGUCACGGAGAGUGACAGCUACAGUGCCAGCCUCUCACAAGACACAGAUAAGGGUCGCAACAGCAUGGUGUCGACAGAGAGCGCCUCCUCCACCUACGAGGAGCUAGCAAGAGCAUACGAGCAUGCCAAGCUGGAGGAACACCUGCAACAUGCCAAAUUCGAGAUCACAGAAUGCUUUAUCUCUGACAGCUCCUCUGACCAGAUGACCACAGGUACCAACGACAACGCAGACAGCAUGACGUCCAUGAGCACGCCAUCAGAGCCUGGUAUCUGCCGGUUCACUGCCUCGCCACCUAAACCACAGGACUAUGACCGUGGCAAGAAUGUAGCAGUGCCCAUUCCACAUCGCGCCAAGAGUGACUACUGCAACCUCCCCCUCUACAUGAAGUCAGAUCCCUUCUUCCGAAAGCAGUCGGAGCAUCAUGACCCAUGUCCAGUGGUUCCACCGCGUGAAGCCUCUAUUCGUGGCCUGGCCCAACGUGCAUACCACACCCAGGGCCGUCAUGUGACUAUGGACUCUGCAAAGCAGCAGGCCCUGACCAUGGGCCACUCUGGCCUGUCCAACCUCACUUCCUCUUCCUCUGGAGGAGCAACAGGAGGUUUUGGUGGAGGCAGUGGGGGGAUGUCUGCUAGCUCUAGCAGCUCCACACUCCCCCAGAGGACUCUCACCAUGCCCGGCUCCUCGGCCUCAGCGGCCCAGAAUGCAGCGGCAGCUGCUGCUGCCACUGCCGCAGCCGCUGGGGCAUCAUCCAGUGGCUGUGGGGCAGUAGGGGCCACAGGAGGGACCCCUGGAGGAGCAUCCUCCUCCAAGAUGGGAGGAUCCAGAGACUCUCUCUUGGAGAGCAGCUCCUCGGGCUUAGGCAGACUACAGAAGCAGAGGGAUGGAGGGGCAGGGGCCUACUCCAAGUCCUACACACUGGUGUAGCCUGCCAUCACCGCGGCCUGUCACUGUAACUCUUUAUAGAAUGCUGGUCAAGCCGGCAGUUGCCUGGAGCUUCUAUGGAGAAGUAGGGUGAGGAACAUACACAUGCACAGCUGACCCGUCAGUGCCUGCGCUGUGCCAGGCUGCAGGGGGCUGGUUGGGUUCCCAUCGACACUACUGUAUGAAGGGGUCAGAGUUGGCUCUCCACAGCACAGGGGUUUGCCUUUCUUUCUGCCUGAUUGCUUUCUAUUAUUAUUGUCAUCUUUCUCUCUUCUUAUUUCAUCACCCUGGAAAUCACUUGCCAAAACAUUAAUGAUUUUAUUCAUUCACUUCAUAUUUUCAUUUUCUGGUAAGGACACUGUACUUAUGCACAAAAUGCUUUCACCGUGCACUGUCUUGUCUUCUGCAUCAAGACAGUCGUAGAAUGAACUAGCUUGCUUGAGUUUCACACAGACAAGUGUUAAGGUUUUUAGGUUUUUAACUAUUUUACUUUUCUGGUCUCUGAUGGAAGAAGAGCUCUUAUCAGCAUUGGGGAGGCUUUUACAGUAUGCAUAGACCACCAGGCUUGGGGUUGCACUGGCUCUGAGAGGUUACUCCAGCAUGGAUUCAUACAUUAAAGGCAGUGGAAGGACUGUGGUCUCAAUACCAGUUUUGAGACAAGGGGGGGAUUUUUCUUAUACAUGCAAUGGAUGACACAGCUUAUUGGUCUUAAUUGAUGCUAUAAACAGAGCUGAUAAAAAAUGUCAAGCUUCGUCAAAUGAAAGAAGAAUCAAACUUUUUGGGGGGUCUUCUGUUUAUUUUUCUGAUGACGGAAAUAUAAUCUUGUGCACUAAGAAAAAGUCAGAAUGGAUCCCAGUAACAAACCUUCACAAGCCUGCGAGUGUGUGUGUGUGUGCGUGUGGGUGUAUAUGUGUAAAUAUAUAUAUGUAUACAUGUGGCAGGCACACACCAACAGUUUUUAUUAAGAUCAAUCUGUAUGCUGACCUCUUUACACCUGUGUCAAAAGGGAAAAGACCCCCCCACAUUGUUCAUUUUGUACCGGUGAAGGGGAUUCUGGGACAGUAACGAUGAUGCGUACGAUGUAAACACCAUGAUCCUAAUUUGGUCCAGCAUUUCGACCUUUGUCUUGCUUUGUGUGAUUGACGGCUUCACACAGGAAGUGGGGAACACUGAGGAGGAAGUUGCCAGAAAAACUAGCAAGUCCAGAUGAUAAGGAAGAGUUUGCUUUCUGAGCGAAGAGAGACCCUCUAACGAUUCAUCGAGGUGCCACAAUACCAUUAUCAUUUCAACUCAUUUUCCCCUUUACCCAUUUCAUCCCUUUCUAUCCAUCCCCAUCUUCGCUUCUCCCCACCCAGCCCUCCCCCCAUCAUAUCCAUACAGUGUCACUGUGACCUUCUGCUAGCAUACAGGCUAGUUGAAAAGACCGACUGAGAGAUGAGGUCCAAUAUGCACAGAAACAAGGCAGAAAUGCUGUUUGACGUUCAAUCACAACUUGAAUGGGGAAGUACAGCAACAUUUAUAGAGAUGUAUACAAGAAAAAUCAUAUUUGUAUGAAGUGAUCUGGAAUUUAUGAACGGACAGUGACUCUGAGAUUAUAGACAGGCAUAUAUUAAGUGUUAAUAGAAUUGCAGCUGUGUUGGGGAAAUGGGGAGGGGGGGUUACAAAGCAGAGAGACACCAUUUUUCUUCAAGACUAAAAGAUGAGUUUUCAAGUCCCUCCACCUCACUGAAAUUGAUUUUGAGCUUUAUGAAUGGUACUGUAACCGUUUUUCAUUUUUCCCAUUUCUUCUCCCAAAGCUUAAUCCCAUAACAAGGAUUGUUCCAAAAAAAAUAAAAUAGAGUUGCUCCAAGUGUUUUGCAAUGGUAAAAAAGUAACAUCAGGGCUCUCGCAAUAGAAAAAAUAAAAAGAUAUGAUAUAUGUUUGUUUUCAAAAGUAUGUACAUAUAUAUUUCUAUUCAAAUAUAUAGCAAAUAUAUGAAUAAUGAAAAAAAAGCAGAGAAAUAUAGAAACCGUUCUAAUUGAAAAUAUAUAUAAAAGAUCACAAGACAAUCGCUCAGAGUGAAAAACUGCAAGUCGGAAGGAAGGAA